AUGCCUGGAGAAAAAACUGAGUACUUUAACUGUGUGCUGUGUUCAAAAAGGACUAAACCAAAGGAGAGAAGGCGAGUUGACAAAAACAUUAGGAAAUACUUAAGGAAAAGAUUUUUAUUGGAGAGUAAAGGAAAUUCAGUCAUCUGCGGUAAAUGUAGAAAUAUCUACUACAGAGAUGUGUCAAACCAUGCAUCGUCUGCAACACCCACAUGUUGUUCAACUAUCCAGAAGGAAUCGCUAGCGCCUUCGUCCACUACUGACAACAGUAAACAUCUAUCAAGUCCUCCAUCAGUGACAUUGGAUCUGAAAUCUACAGCAAAGACCCAUGCAUAUUGUAUUCUUUGCAAAAAACCAGGACCUAAAUUAGUAGUGGUGUCUCCAGAAUGUCGCACAGCUGUCUUCGUGGAGCACAACAUACUUAUUCCAUCUGGAAAUAGAUGCUGUCCAGUCCAUCUGAAAGAUGGUCGUUUCACAAAUGAUGCCAGUCAUCAGUUACCAACUACAGAACAGGCAUUUAUCAACAGAACUACCAUUUUAAGUCUGCUGCAACAGAUGCGUUUUUUAUGCCAUCGAAAUGAAAAAUCCCACCUGGACUUUGAUGAUUUACAGACACUGACAGAUGCUGACUAUAUGGCUCUACUAGGACUCAAUAAGGAUAAUUUUCAAACUGUAUGUGAUUCUUUGAAACAUCAAGUGAAACAAACUCCAUCCAGAAGUCUUAGAAAAUCCGUAGCCAUAUUCCUGUGCAAAUUAAAGACUGGACUAUCUAAUCAGAUUUUAUCCAUAUUAUUUCGUACUUCAAAGUCCAGCUUAAGAAAAGCAGCUGCUUCUGUAAGAAAAGCAAUGUUGACCAGUUUUGUUCCACAGAGUCUUGGGUUUGCGCACAUAACAAGAGAGGAAGUCAUUAAUGGUCACACUCGUCAGCUAGCUCAAACUCUGUUCGGGAACAUAGAGAAAAACCAGGCUAUAUUGGUGCUCGAUGGCACAUAUAUCUACACAGCCAAGAGCAACAAUUUUCAUUACCAAAGGCGCUCUUACAGCAUGCAUAAGAGAAGACCACUAGUCAAACCAAUGGUGAUUGUGACAACCACUGGAUACUUUGUAUCUAUAUUGGGCCCAUACCUAGCUGACAGUAAAAAUAAUGAUGCUUCAAUUCUCCAUCACAUCAUUAAAACAAAUGCAGUGAAUAUCCGCAGCUGGGUCAGCGAAGACGAUAUUUUCAUCGUGGACCGAGGGUUCAGGGACGCUUUGCCUCUGCUUGCAGAUCUUGGAAUCCAGGCAGAAAUGCCCUGUUUUUUUGGAAAAGGGGUCCGAUGGGUGGUGGAAUCUUCAAAUGCGAGAAUCAAGCGUUGGAGAUACCUGGAUAAGACUCUGCCAACAAAUCAGAUCCCAUUUAUCGGAGAUUACGUGAAAAUUGUAUGUGCGCUGUCUAACAGAUUUUCACCGCCCCUGAACAAAAGCACCGAGGAAGAUGAGGCCGAGGCAGUAAAAAUGCUAUAUUUGUCUAAACAGGUUAAUAAUCUCAAGCAAACGGUUGAAGAAAAUUGUCUGAACCGAAGAUCUAUUCAGUGGCAGGCGGUUCAUGAGUGUGAUAUUCAGAACUUCCCUACGCUUGAUGAGGAACAGUUGCGGAAUUUGACGUGUGGGACCUAUCAGCUAAAGCUUUCUCGCAGUUACAUUCAAGAACAUAUUGAGGGGGAAUGCGAUAUAUUUUUUCAUAAGGAUAAUGAAAGACUGCUAAAAGUGAAAAUUCAGAGUCGUCACACAUCAUCAAAACAAUACUUCGUCUGGAUUGAAUAUUCGGAAUGUACUGUCAAUGCAUGGUACUGUACAUGUAGAGCUGGUGCAAGAGUUGUAGGCAUGUGUUCACAUAUAGCGGCCAUUAUUUGGUACCUAGCAAAAGGAAGGCAUGAGGGAAAGAGAUACGGUGUUCGUGAUUGGGGCGAGCAUGUCCUGGAUGCAGCAGAUAUCCCUCCUACCAUUGAUGACUCCGACAGUGAUGUCAGUAGCUGCGAAAGUGUUCCGGAAGAAUAA